AAAGUAAUCGUGAAGUCCAGCUGCGGUCUUAAUAUGUAAAAAACGUUUUUGUCGUUGCUUGUCACAAUGACAUAGCGAUUCAAUUGCAUAGCGCUGCAAAUUAUGACGUUUAAAGAGUAACUGCUAUCGUUGCUAAUGCUUCCGUUUGACUAAAAUUCCAUGUUCAGAGCUCGCGCACAUCCACGUGCAUUUUCACAUUCAAGCUGUGCCUGCUGCCCAGUGUGCAUGGUGCUGCGUAACAACGGUAACAUCCCCAGAAGUUGACAUCCAAAAUCGAAGGAGCGUACAGGUUGUGCUCAAAUAAAUCAAGAUGCCAGACCUGUUCCUUGCUGAGGAUGUUCAAGCAUUGCUACUGAAGAAGAAAGUAGCAUUCAUGGGGUGUUCAAAUAUCCGGGCCCAGUACAAGGACCUUGUGACUUUAUACCAGGGUGAUCAUAUCAUCAGUGGGAAAGCACUUAAAACAAAGAUGGAAGAAAGCUUCCUCAGUGACUCUCUAGUUUGCCACGGGAAGAAACACAACGGCCGAGAUUAUAGAGAGGAGCGAGUUUUUCAAACUGAAGACGUCAGCAUCUCGUUCUAUUUCUUGACUCGGGUGUACAGUGACUACGUCGAAGGAAUCUUGCGGAGGAUGGUGCUGGACCCCCCUGACAUCGUAGUUGUUAGUUCCUGUCUCUGGGAUAUCUGUCGAUGGGGGCCCAAUGGAGUUGUUGAGUACAAGGAGAACCUGCGCCUGCUAUUCAGAGAGUUGACAAACAGGCUUCCCAGUCGGACCUUGCUCAUCUGGCUGACGACCGCUCCCAUAGCCCAGGCAGUUAAUGGCGGAUUUCUCAUCUCGCAGCUUGAGUUCCUGCAGUACUCAUUACGCUUUCAUGUGCUGGAAGCAAACGCGUUUUGCGCAGAGAUGGCAGAUAGGUACAGGGUGGACGUCCUGGACAUCCACUAUCAUCUACGCAUGUUGCUGGACUUGAGGGCGGAAGACGGCGUCCACUGGACCCCUCUGGCAAUCCGCCUGUCCACCAACUUGCUCCUCACGCACAUCGCCAUUUCUCUGGGGCUUCCAAUGCCAAAGCGGACGGAAGACUGUUAUACCACAGUGGAGAAAGAAGGGUUGUCUGAGAAUAGCACCCCAGCCACUGGGCAGCUUCAGAUAGCUGCUUUGGACUCUACACUUCCGAAUGACCUCUCGUAUGGGCAGAUUUUUGGCCAGGACCAGAGGGUUGUGCAAGAGAUGAAGCGGAACGCUGCCGAGCUGGCAGCAACUCCGCGCCGUGCUAGGCGGCGGUGCGCCCAGUACCGCCCGCCGCGGGCCCACCACAGAAGUUACAGCCAGGGCAGAUACGGGUCGUAUCGCUACCAAAAAUAGUGGCAUUUACCUUAACUCGCUGCAUGAAUGGUGUGAAAGUGAACUGAGGGCUUUUCCCACUUUUUUUAAAAAAUGGAAUUGUGAUAGUCUAGACUGUGAUAAGCUUUUGUGUAUACUGGUCUUUCACGAGCCAGGGAAGCCAAGUUAUCACUUUUUGUUCUUUCGUACUCCAGUGGAAGUAUGUACGUGCACAAUGGCAGUGUGUGUAACGUAACAAAGGUAAAGUCUGUGAUAACACAUGCAACAGUGGUAAAGCGCGCAACGUACUCUCACAGUGCCUGUCACUACAGCAAGUACGUGAUGCACUUGGUCAGCAUCGGCUCACAUUUGUUAUCGCUGUAUCAGAUAUAGGAACACUGUGUGUACGCGCUUAUUGGCGAGAUGUGUUUACUCUGUGGUGAUAUGUUAUGUAUAGUCAUAGUUAGAGGGAUACGUAGAGCAUUAAAAGAGGCUACUGGGCAACCUCAUGUGCUGUGAUAAUUCUGGCGAAAAAUGUGGAGUAAAUAAUGUACUAUUGUAGUAAACUUGCACCGCGUUCAAUUUAUGUAAAAAAUUCACAUCAAAUGCUCUUCUUUUUUUCUUUUUUUUUCGUGUGCAGCAUUUUUGUUUGUACCAGCACCUCUCCGAGGUGUGUAUUCACGUGCUGUCCUUCAGAAUCUCUGCACCAAUAUUUGUUUUUGUUGUUUGGGAAAGAACAUAUUUUUUAUUCUCAUCCUUCACAUGGAGGAAUAAAAGAUGGCAUUGAAAACUA